UAUGCGCUGUUGAACGAUCUAUGUUGAUUAAAGCAAGAGGAUCCAAAAAAUGAUACCAAAUAUUAUUAACUGAUAAGCAUGAAAUAUUUAUUACCAUGACAAUGUUUAGAUACAUCUAGUCUCCGCGAUUUAUAUAAAUAGUUGCAACCCGAAGCAUAAUCGGUUUUAGUCUGAAUACAUUGAAGUGAGACGGUGCAGAUGUCAUUCGUGGAACAAAAUGUAAACCAUUUCCCAAGUCUUCAUUAACAAAAUGAUUCGUACUAAACUUAAGCAAAAAUUUUGGGAUUUCCUUAACUCAGUGUGCUUCGAACCGAAACGAUUAAUUAAGAUAAUAGUGCUUAGUAUUUGUAGUGUGGUGGUAGUUUUUCAGUUAACGGAGUGUUUCCAGAAGCUAAUCAAUCCACCAAUCAACACACAUUCUCGGUUCGAGUUGAACGAGUCCAUGCUGUAUCCGGCGAUCACUUUCUGUCGGAAUCCACCGUACAAGUACGACGUAAUGCAGAAGUACAACCUGUCGCAACAUCCAAAGUAUGCCAAUGCUUUCAACAAUUUCAACUUCAACGAAAGCUCGCUGGACGAACUUUUCCGGGAGGCCACAUACAAUCAGAGUGACUACUUCAUCCAGUAUGGACUGGAUGGUCUGUCGGAAAAUAUUGAAGUUAUCGGCAGUAUGCAUUUGGAUAUGGGUCAUUGCUUCACCCUGAAUCCACUAGUGACGACAAACCAUUCGUGGAAGCAAGUAGGUUACUCGAUUCUGCUGAUGCACGAUAUGAGAGAUGAGGAGUACUUUCUGGGGGAAGUUUUGCCGGGUUGGCACAUUUUUAUCCAUGAUCCCGCGGAAGGAUUUGCAGAAAAUCGCAUGCAAUCAUCAGGCCGAGUCGAGUAUCUUUUCAUGGAAGUUGACGAGGAAGUAGAGGUAAAACUAACCACUCAACAUUUCUACAUGCUUCCCAGCGACGAGAAUCAGUGUACCACUGAGUCGGAAAUGAGUUCUACUAGGUGUAGUGAGCUUUGUCACUGGCGCCACGUGGUCGAGAAAGUUGGAUGUACCGGUCCCUGGAUGCCGGGUAUCGAAGGUGAGCAGUGUCAUACAGCAAAGGACACUCAGCAGCUUAUCAAAUACUACAAAGUGAUGGAAGACAUUGACAGUACGGUGUGUGGAUGCUACCAACCAUGUUCGAGUUCCAUCUUCACGACGUACGUGAUGAACCGGAAGCACUUCAACAUCACCAUUCCAGCCGGGCAGUUGUGGCUAUACUAUACUUCCAAGAUGGUUACUAUCGUCAAAGAGUUCCAUGGAUACGACCUGACUCAGUUCGUUGCCGAUUUGGGUGGUUCGCUUGGUUUCCUGCUGGGUCUGUCUGUGCUCGGUUUGAUUGGACUGCUGGAAAAGAUCGUUGAGCUGAUUUUUAUCCGAAGGCUGAUCGCUGAAAAACGAAAUAAACAGAAAGUUGACAGCAACUUCGAGAAGAGCUCUGACAGACGGCAGGACGAGCUCAGUCAGACCGAAUCGUCCGAUGCAACUUUGGCGGUGGCGAAUAUCAAGCAAUAGGCGUCGGUUUCCCGCCCAGCAUGUUUAACGUUUAGAACAGGCAGAUCAAAGAAGCCAUAUUUAUUUAAAUCGGGUAUUCCGGUGGCCUUCAGCAACAAACACCUGACGAGAAAAUGGUUUAGACAGUUG